AUGCUCAGCUCUCCUCUCCUUGCUCUCUUCCUGCCCUGCUUCGGCAUGGCCGCUCUUUUCCUCGUCUACUUCUGCCUUCUCCGGUGCGCCAUUUCCGGCCACCCCGAUCGCCCGCUUCCCCUCAAUUCCCUUUCCCCGGACGGCCUCUCUGCUUCCGAGCUUCAUCAAUUGCCCACAAUCACCGGCCAAGACCUGCUCACUCCCACUGAGUGCGCCGUCUGCCUCGGCGACAUCGACGAGGACCACCCCGUUCGCCUCAUUCCCGCCUGCAAUCACGCUUUCCAUUUGGAAUGCGCCGAUACCUGGCUCUCCCACCAUCGUCUCUGCCCUCUUUGUAAAGCCAACCUUCAUCCUCAACUCUUCACUCCUUCACAAAACUCCUGUUGA